CUCAACGAUACGGAUUCAGUUCUUUACAUGGAUACAGACACGUUAUUUCUCUCACCACCAGAAGUAAUUUGGGAUGAAUUCAAAAGCAUGAAUUCAAGUCAGUUAGCUGCUCUGAGUCCAGAACACGAAGAUCCCAACGUCGGGUGGUACAACAGAUUCGCGAAGCAUCCCUUUUAUGGAAAACUAGGAGUCAAUUCUGGUGUAAUGCUGAUGAAUUUGACUCGAAUGAGAAAUUUCAGAUGGACAGAAUACGUCGUGCCUAUCUACAAACAGUACCGGUUAAAAAUAACAUGGGGAGAUCAGGAUAUAAUCAACAUUAUUUUCCAUUACCAUCCCGAGAAGCUCUACGUGUACUCUUGCAGAUACAAUUAUAGGCCUGAUCACUGUAUGUACAUGUCAGUUUGCAACGAAGUCGAGAAAAAAGGGGCUCUCGUUUUGCACGGUUCGAGGGGCACUUUCCAUUCUGAAAGACAACCGUCAUUUAAAGCUGCUUUUCGAGCAGUUCAGGAAUACCAGCUCAUUACAGAUCCAUAUGAAAAUUUUUUAUUGCCACUGAGAAAUUAUUUAUCACUAGAGGAUAAGUCCAAUUGUGGGAAAGUUGUGGGCGCUUUUCUUGUUCAGCCCGAGUUGCAUUUUAGUCCUGCAUUAUGAAUAACAUGUACAUCGACACAGUAUUGUAUAAAGAUAGUAUUGAAUUUCUGAAAAAAAAGAUUAUAAUUAUUUCUAAUUGAAAGUAGGCAAGAGUUAAUAGUUAGCAGGUAAGAAUCACUCUGUUCGAUGCGAGGAAACUUUACAUUUGCAUAUGUUUAUUUAGAGUAUUAGAGGAUCUUUUUGUGAUAGAACGUUUUUCUUAUUUCUGUUCUCUUCAUCAACUCUCUUUUGUACUUAUAGUAUUAAUUUUACCACGUUUGUCUUUAGGUUUAUACAAUUUGUUUUAGUAAAUGUAUGUAAAAAGCAGAAACUAACGUAAUUUGGUUUCUGUAUUUGCAAUUAGUACGCGACUGUGAUUUAUGAUCUGUUUAUUGUUCGAAAACUUAUAUUAUUAAGAUUAUAUACUAUAUUAUUGUAAAUGACUGGUGCCAAGAAGGCUGCUGAGCCUUAAACUUUUUGAAUAUAAUAUUAUUAUUAUUAUUA